AUGGCACCCCGGUUACUACCGCGGUGCUGGGCUGGCCUGCAGCGGGUAACGGCCACCACGACGGCACUGACGAUGGCAGAGGCAGCAUCGACGACAACAUCAAUAGCUACACACACAACAACACCAGUGCUGUCCGGCCGCGUGGUCGAGGGCCGCCGUGGUGUUAAGUACGGAUGGAGCACAUUACCGCGGCGAGGCGCCAAGCCGACGCGGUUCAACCAGCAGACAGCCGGCCUGCCUGCGCCGACGACGGGGCCUGCAGCCGCGCUCAAGCGCAAGGAGAACACAACGCCGCUGCGCACGGGCGUGCUGGCGACCAAGCGCGGCAUGACGGGCUUUUACAGCAAGAGCGGCACGCGCAUCCCUUGCACGGUGCUCGAGCUGGACAGCGUGCAGGUCGUCGCCAACAAGACGCGCACCAAAAACGGCUACUGGGCCGUGCAGAUUGGCAGCGGCACGCGGCGCGCGGCCACCGUCACGGCGCCGCAGCUGGGCUACUACGAGGCCAAGGGCAUUGCGCCCAAGCAGCACCUCGCCGAGUUCCCCGUGCGCAACGCGUCGGGCCUGCUGCAACCCGGUGUGACAAUCCAGCCCGACUGGUUCCACGUGGGCCAGUGGGUCGAUGUGCGGUCCAACACGCGUGGCUUCGGUUUUGCCGGUGGUAUGAAGCGCCACGGCUUCAAGGGCCAGAACAAGACGCACGGCAACUCGCUCAACCACCGCACGAUGGGCACGACGGGCCCGUCGCAGGGCAGCGGUAGCCGUGUGAUGCCGGGCAAGAAGAUGCCCGGCCGCAUGGGCAACGAGCGCGUGACAGUGCAGAACCUCAACAUUCUGCAGGUGGACAACGACCUGGGCAUUGUGGUUGUCAAGGGCGCCGUGGGCGGUCCCAAGGGCGCGCUGGUCAAGAUCCAGGACGCCGUCAAGAAGCCGCCGCCGGCCACGGCGUUUAUUGAGAAGACGCGCGUCCAAGUCGAGGAGCGCUCGCCGUGGGCGGCCGAGCAGCUGGAGGCAGCGCGCGUGCGCCAUCUGGAGCUAAAGGAGGCGCGCCGCGAGGGCCGCAUUGCCGAACUGCUGUCAAAGGGCUUCUCGGAUCUGUCGAUUGAAGAGGGUAUUGCAGUGGAGGACAGCGGGGACGUCGAGGUCGAGACCGAGUUCGAGGCACCUAUCCCGGAGGCUGUUUUGGACACACCAGCAGAGGCACCACAACCAAGGGCAUGA